UUUUCCUUUUUGCCAUUUUGGCUUUUGCUGGACAGCGAAUGCGGGCCGACGCUGAGGAACAGGGCGGGCGCUUGGCAAUUCAUAGCUCCGGAAUGCCUUGGAUUUGGGUUCCCUAGCUUUGUUUUUCUUCUUCCUCCUGUCGGUAUGGACGGCAGCCCGAACAGACAAUCGAUUGUUCAGGUGUAGUGGCUGGGAAAAAUGCUGUGAAUGAAGGAGACGGCAAAGAGAUGAGGCGAUUAUCCGGGUCUUUCACGAAACGCUCCGGCAAAAGGAAUCCGAUUUAUCUAAACAUUUACGACCUCACUCCGAUGAAUGGCUACCUCUAUUGGUUUGGCUUGGGAAUUUUCCAUUCCGGUAUUGAAGCUCAUGGUGUGGAAUAUGGCUUUGGAGCUCACGACUAUCCAUCUAGCGGUGUUUUCGAAGUAGAGCCGAGGACUUGCCCGGGUUUUACUUUUCGAAAGUCAGUGUGCUUGGGAAACACUCGUCUUGGUGCCGGAGAGUUCCGGGAGUUUAUAGAACGUCUCGCGAAUGACUACAAUGGCGACUCGUACCACCUGAUCGUGAAGAACUGCAAUCACUUCACGAACGACGCGUGCAUGCGAUUGACGGGGCUCUCAAUCCCAGGCUGGGUAAACAGGCUCGCAAGACUGGCCCAGCUUUGUAAUUGUUUGCUCCCGGAUAGCCUCCAGGACACGACUGUGAAGAAAACUCCCGAGUACCAUUCGUGUGAAGAUUUGUGCCUCGAGACACCGCAACAUCCCAGCGGCGGCAAAGCCGAGAUCGAGAACGAGCAAGACCAGUUGCUCGUCGCUACCGCGAGCAACGCAUCGGAAACACUGAUGCAAGAGCGGCUAAAGCAGGUCCGAAUCGUGGAGACGCUCUAGUGAAGCUAGCCAAAUCUCUUCCACAAAUUUCCUUCUGGAUCCAAGUAAGUUCCUGGAUCAACAACAAAGUUUUUCUAAAGGUUUUCGCAAUCCAAGUGAUAUUCCCGAGUGGAUUUGACAAGAACAAGUGGUAUACACGUAAGGCUUUGGUGGAAUGUUGCUGUAUCGCCCACGAUCCUCACAUGCGACAGGAUUGAUUUUCUUAAAAGUAUGGCAACUGUGAAGAUUGAAACUGUUUUUGAAAAACCAUUCUACGAGCAUGGGGCCACACCAGGCAUGAAUUUUGGGCUUUUUC